GAUGUGGAAGUGGAAUGGGGAGCUCGCCGGUGGGGAUCUGUCAGGGCGAUGUCAGUGUCUUGAGAGCCACAGCGCACGCCUGACCUUCCGGCAAGGUGACCGAGAUUAGAGCACAUCAGCUCCGAGACUUAUUCUCUGUUGGAAUUUUGUGGUGAGCACUUGUCCAGUGACUCUCCAGACGCGUCCGGAGGCCCAUUGAGUGUUGUAGCCCAGGAGUUCGCGAGUGAUUUCUGUGUGUUGUGGAAUCUUGUGAGAUUUUGGAGUCAUGUCGAAGCCUCAGUCGGACAGUGAGAAGCGCAAGCAAAUCAGCGUCCGGGGGAUUGCCCAGGUGGAGAAUGUGACUGAGGUGAAGAAGAACUUCAACCGUCAUCUGCACUAUACCCUCGUCAAGGACAGGAAUGUGUCCACACCGAGAGACUACUACUUUGCUCUGGCUCACUGUGUCAAGGACAAUCUCGUGAGCCGCUGGAUUCGCACACAGCAGUACUACUAUGAGAAGGAUCCCAAGCGCGUCUACUAUCUAUCCCUGGAGUACUACAUGGGUCGCUCCCUUCAGAAUACAAUGAUCAACCUAGGACUCCAGGGAGCUUGUGAUGAAGCCAUGUACCAGCUGGGCCUGGACAUUGAGGAGCUCGAAGAACUCGAGGAAGAUGCAGGUCUUGGAAAUGGUGGCCUAGGGCGACUGGCUGCUUGCUUCCUAGACUCAAUGGCCACUCUUGGACUCGCAGCUUACGGAUAUGGUAUCCGCUACGAGUACGGAAUUUUUGCACAGAAGAUCAAGAAUGGAGAGCAAGUGGAGGAACCUGAUGACUGGCUGCGGUUCGGCAAUCCUUGGGAAAAAGCCCGUCCGGAAUACAUGAUCCCCAUUUAUUUCUACGGCCGCGUUGUUGAUGAACCGAGUGGAAAGAAGAAGUGGGUAGAUACUCAAACAGUUUACGCAAUGCCCUACGACAACCCAAUCCCUGGAUAUAACAACAACGUAGUCAAUACCCUGCGCCUGUGGUCAGCAAAGAGCCCUAUCGAUUUCAAUCUGAAAUUCUUCAACGACGGUGAUUACAUUCAAGCUGUGCUGGAUCGCAACUUAGCAGAGAAUAUCAGCCGCGUGCUCUAUCCAAAUGAUAAUUUCUUCGAGGGGAAGGAACUCAGGCUCAAGCAGGAGUACUUCAUGUGUGCAGCUACCCUCCAGGACAUCAUCCGAAGAUACAAAUCCUCGAAGUUUGGCUCAAGAGCUGCUGUCCGAACAAACUUUGAUGCUUUUCCGGACAAAGUAGCCAUUCAACUGAAUGAUACUCAUCCAUCUUUGGCCAUUCCGGAGCUCAUGAGGAUCCUUGUGGACAUUGAAGGCUUGCCAUGGGAGAAGGCCUGGGACAUCACAAAACGCACUUGUGCCUACACCAAUCACACCGUCCUACCAGAAGCUCUCGAGCGCUGGCCAGUUUCUAUGCUGGAGAGCAUUCUGCCAAGGCAUCUACAAAUCAUCUACCAUAUCAACUUCCUACACUUGCAAGCGGUGGAGAAGCGCUAUCCGGGAGACAUGGACCGGCUUAGGAGAAUGUCACUGAUUGAGGAAGAGGGAGAGAAACGUGUCAACAUGGCUCAUUUGUCUAUCGUCGGAUCACAUGCUGUUAAUGGAGUGGCUCAGAUUCACUCAGAUAUCCUCAAAGCUGACAUCUUCAAACUCUUCUACGAGAUGGAACCCGAAAAGUUCCAGAACAAAACCAAUGGAAUCACCCCCAGACGCUGGUUGCUACUCUGCAAUCCCGGCUUGGCGGACCUGAUUUCACAGAAAAUUGGUGAUGAAUGGCCAGUUCACCUAAAUCAGCUUGUUGCUCUGAAGAAAUGGGCCAAGGAUCCCAACUUCCAGCGCGAUGUGGCUCAAGUGAAACAGGAGAAUAAACUCAAACUGGCCCAGAUCCUCGAAAAAGAGUAUGGGGUGAAAGUCAAUCCGGCUAGUAUGUUUGAUAUUCAGGUUAAACGAAUCCAUGAGUACAAGCGUCAGCUGCUUAACUGCCUUCACAUCAUCACACUGUACAAUCGCAUCAAGCGAGAUCCCACAGCUGCUUUCGUGCCCCGAACCAUCAUGAUUGGUGGGAAAGCUGCUCCGGGAUACUACAUCGCCAAGAAGAUCAUCCAGUUGAUCUGCGCAGUGGCCAAUGUGGUUAACAAUGAUCCCAUUGUCGGAGAUAAGCUCAAAGUGAUCUUCUUGGAGAAUUACCGAGUCACCCUGGCUGAGAAGAUCAUGCCAGCGGCUGAUCUUUCUGAGCAAAUCUCAACUGCCGGAACCGAAGCUUCGGGCACGGGCAACAUGAAAUUCAUGCUGAACGGAGCCCUCACGAUAGGUACUCUCGAUGGGGCCAAUGUGGAAAUGGCCGAAGAGAUGGGCAAUGAUAAUAUCUUCAUCUUCGGGAUGACAGUAGAGGAAGUGGAAGCACUGAAGAAGCGUGGCUACAAUGCCUAUGAUUACUACAACAGCAAUCCGGAUAUCAAGCAGUGUGUAGAUCAGAUCCAAGGUGGAUUCUUCAGUCCUAGCAAUCCCCAUGAGUAUAAGGAUCUAGCUGAUGUCCUACUCAAGUACGAUCGCUACUAUUUGUUUGCUGAUUUCGAGUCUUAUAUCAAGACUCAGGAUCUUGUCUCGAAAACUUACAAAAAUCAAUCGAAAUGGCUCGAAAUGUCCAUCCACAACAUUGCUUCUAGUGGCAAAUUCUCCAGUGAUCGCACAAUUUAUGAUUAUGCCACAGAAAUCUGGGGAUGUGAGCCGACGUGGGAGAAGCUUCCAGCUCCCCAUGAGCCACGCGACUAAAUCCCAAGUGUUGAAAGAGAACUACAAAGAAUUCUGCAGUGCCAUUGGGAAAACAUCUAGGAACACUGCCAUUAUCAAUCGUCCAGGGGCAGGAAAUCGAUGAGACAAAGAUAUUUUGUGCAUAUUACGUUUUUUUUUCUUUUAUUUUGUGAAUAUUAUCGCUUAUCAUGUAAUCACUUUUUUGAAAGACACUGUGCUUUGUGAAUAAAUAUUAAUUGUGGUCAAAA